AUGGCAGAGAUUGUCGUAUCUGUCAUUGCCAAACUCGCUGAAUAUUCAGUAGCCCCUUUGCUGCGUCAAGGACAAUAUUUGUUUUGUGCAGGCAGCAUUACAAAAACUCUUGAAACUGAAAAGCAGAACCUUGCAUCAGCACAAGAUGGAGUUCAAGCACGUGUUCGAGAAGCACUUAACAGAACUGAAAAAAUUGCUGAUACUGUUGACAAGUGGUUAGCUGAAGUGAGGAGUCAUAUGGAUGAGGUGCAGAACUUGGAGCAGCAAAUGAAGGACAGCAAUAGUUGCUUUCAAGGAAGGUGUCCUACUUGGAGGAGAUAUCGAUUCUGUAGACAAAUGACAAAGAUGAUCGCGGCAACAAAGAAUCUCAAGCAAAGGAGUGAAUUUAAUCCCUUUUCUACCCCUGUCCCAAUCCCAGACGUAGAGUACUUUUCUUCUGGAAAUUUUGUGUAUUUCCAGUCUACAAAGCGGGCUUCAGAUCAAUUGUUGGCUGCUCUCCAAGAUGAUGGUGUUUGCAUGAUCGGACUGUAUGGAAUGGGGGGCUGUGGCAAAACAACAUUGGUAAAAGAAGUAGGCAAAGAAGCCAAGAAAUCAAACCUUUUUGAGCUAGUCAUAUUUACAACUGUGUCCCAAACUCUGGAUAUUAGAAAGAUUCAAGAUGAAAUUGCAGAUAUGGCCGGUUUGAAAUUCGAAGAACAAAGUAAUGAAGGAAGAGCUAGACGUUUAUCGAUGAGAUUGAGCAAUGGAAAAAGAAUUCUUGUAAUAUUGGAUGAUGUGUGGGCUAAGUUUGAUUUGGAGCAAGUCGGUAUUCCUCUUGAAAAUUAUCAUGGUUGCAAGAUCCUUCUUACCACUCGGAGACAAGGAGUAUGUAAUACGAUGGGUUGUGAAAGAGAGAUUCAUUUGCAUCUUUUAUCUGAUGACGAAUCUUGGACAUUAUUCCAAAAACACGCUCUUACUAUUGAUGAAUCAUUGAGUAGUGUGGCACAAGGAAUUGUAAGGGAAUGCAAAGGACUUCCUAUUGCAAUUCAGGCCGUAGGAGCCUCUUUGAAAGGAAAAUCUAUAGAAGAGUGGGAGGAGGCAUUAAGAAGAUUAAGGGAUUCAAAACCAAUCAAUGUGGAACAUGGUGUCCUAGAUGCUUUUUCUUGUCUUCGAUUGAGUUAUGAUUAUUUGAGUAGCGAAGAAGCCAAGUCACUGUUUUUGAAAUGCUGCAUAUAUCCUGAAGAUGCAGAUAUCUCCACUGAAGAUUUGUUCAGAAUCAUGAUAGGUUUGGGCAUGUGUGAAGAAUUAAAGUCUCUUAAAGAAGCAAGAAAUAAAGUGGCUGUAUGUAUAAAUAGUCUUGUAGAUUCUUGUCUGCUAAUGCGUUCUGAGAAAAAUAAAGGCCAAUUAAGAAUGCAUGAUACAGUUCGUGACGUAGCAUUGUGGAUAUCACAUCAAGAGAAUCAAAAAAUUAUAGUGAAUCUAGAGAAGGACAUGAAGGUGGCAACAGAUGGGUCUAUAAAAGAUUGUUACGCAUUCGCUUCUUGGUGCAAUGAAGUAUCUCAAUUUUCUCCACGAUUAGAUGCUCCAAAAUUGGAGAUUUUGUUGCUAAAUAAUAUUGGCAAAUGUGAAUUAUCAGAAGCAAAUUUCAAAGGUAUUGGGGCACUCAAGGUUAUGCAAAUUAACUCUACACUUAGUGUCAGUGAUGCACUCCACUUGUUACAAUUGCCACGCUCUAUGAAUUUGCUAACUAAUCUGCGAACUCUGCGCUUGCAAUACUGUCAAUUAGGUGAUGAUUUGUCAUGGAUGUUAGGCCUCAAAAGACUCGAAGUUCUUGACUUGAAACAAAGUCAAUUUAAGGACCUGCCAAAAGGAUUGGAAGAGUUAAGUAAAUUGAAGCUGUUAGAUUUAACUUUUAGUGGGGAGCAAAGUUUUAAGAUAAUAAAAAGAUGCACACCGCUACAAGAGUUAUAUGUUCGGAAAAUCGACACAACUUUAAGACCUGGUAAAUGUUUAUUGAAAGAUGCUGGUUUUCCUAGAUUGAAGAGAUAUAAACUUAAAAUUAUUAACAAGUAUAGUGGUGGUACAUUCAGGAGGGAUCGUCAAGAUUUGAUGCAUUUUCACUCCAAGGCUUUAUCCUUGGAAGAGUUGAAAAUCUCUGCAUUAAGUCCAUUUAUUAAAGAUCUUUUGCAACAAGCAGAAUUUGUUUGUUUGUAUAGAUGUGAUGUAGGUUGUAAAAAUAUUGUACCAGACUUUGUUCAAGUUGCAGGAGGGAUGAAUGAGUUGACCACAUCAUGGCUCCAGUUUUGUUCAGAUUUGGAAUGCCUUGUAGAUGCAACUUCUCAUGAAAUAGAAACUUGGCUCUUCCCAAAGAGGGUUGCAGUGAACUGA